GAGAUGGGGAAAGAAAUAGACAAGGAAGACGAGAGAAAAGAAGCAGCGAUAGCAUCGACGGCGGUGUUACGGCCCAAUUUCAAGCCCAAAGGGCUUACACAAGAGCAGCUCUCCAAGUUUCAGGAGCUGCACCGGAAGCGUUUACAGAUGAAGUCAAAGUCAAAGUUUGAAAAGAAACCAAAAGCUGGUACUGGAAAAUCUAAGCGGAAAAACCACCAUCCAAGAGUGUCGACAAAUCAUGAGUCAAGCAUAAGUAUUGAAGAUUCAGCUGUUCCUAACUCUGACAGCCACAAAAAAGGAAGCUGUUCUAUAGUACAGCAAGAGGAUGCACCAAAGAAGCGCCAGAAGUUACAUUGGGGGCUCGACACAAAGGAACGUUGGGAAAGGAAAGCAAACAUGUAGAUAUUUCCAUCAGUACAGCAUGUGGCAUCCUGAAGUGGCGUGGUUUCAGAAUUGCACUGCAACUUCAUCAUUUGAUCUUAGGUGAUAAAAUUUGAGGACAACCAUUUACCUUUAAUGCCAGGUACUUUAUCCCUGCACUCUUGUACAUUUUAGAAAUAGCGAACCCAGGGAAUUGCACAAGUGUGUAUCAAGAAUUCAUGCGACAGUUCCAUGGCAUGCAAAUUCACCAUUGAUGGUGUUGAGUCCUUUUACAUUAGUACUGAAAGUGUGAACUGUUUUUUUAUGUUACUUAUAAUGGGAUGGUAGUUUGACUAUUAAAUAGUGCAAACUGUUACUCGUUCGGGGUAUUUUUAAAUAGAUUACUUGAGCGUAGAAUACUACACUGAUCAUGCAUGAUCAAAUCGUUGUACAUGAUCCAUGGAUGCUCAUGGAAAAAUUGAACAGAACGCUGAGGGCAGUUCAUGAUUUUGAGCCUGUAUAAACUCAUCGGUGUUGUUAGUUCGAGUAUGCCA